CAACUUUCACAAAUGGCAUCUCCAAUAAAAACAGUCGUCAUCCUGGUUCAAGAAAACAGAUCUUUCGAUCACAUGUUAGGAUGGAUGAAAACCAUCAACUCCGACAUCGAUGGUGUCACCGGCAAAGAAUCCAACCUCUUGUCCACCGCCGACCACCACUCCCUACGCCUCUACCACACUAACAAGGCUGGAUUCAUUCAACCUGACCCUGGUCACUCUUUUGAAGCCACAUAUGAACAAAUCUUUGGUGCAGAAUGGUCCGAGUCUGCUAGCCAUGGUCUAACCCCUACCAUGAAUGGGUUCGCCCAACAAGCCGAAAAGGUGCAACAAGGCUUGUCCGAGGUCGUCAUGACUGGGUUCGACCCCGAUUCUCUACCUGUUUACAAAGAGUUGGUUUCCGAGUUUGCUGUUUGCGAUAGGUGGUUUUCGUCCAUUCCCACUUUGACCCAACCCAACAGAUUGUAUGUGCAUUCAGCGACUUCAUAUGGUGCUACCACAAACGACAACAAGGAUUUGAUCGAAGGGUACCCACAAAAGACCAUAUUUGAAUCGGUGGAGGAGGGCGGCUUUUCUUUUGGAAUUUACUACCAGUUACCUCCCACAACUCUUUUUUACAGAAACCUGCGUAAAUUGAAAUACAUUGACAACUUCCAUCAGUUCGAUCUACACUUUGACCGACAUUGCAAGGAAGGAAAGCUACCAAACUAUGUCGUUAUCGAACAAAGAUAUUUCGGGAUCAAAGUUUUGCCAGGAAACGACGAUCACCCAUCACAUGAUGUGUCUGAUGGUCAAAAGUUCGUGAAACAAGUCUACGAAUCAUUGAGAUCAAGUCCACAAUGGAAUGAGAUAUUGUUUGUAAUCGUGUAUGAUGAGCAUGGUGGUUUUUACGAUCAUGUCCCCACGCCGAAUGUUGGUAUUCCAAACCCUGAUGGUUUGGUUGGUCCUCCACCUUAUAAUUUCCAGUUUGAUCGACUCGGUGUUAGGGUUCCAGCCAUCCUUGUUUCUCCGUGGAUUGAACGUGGGACUGUGUUACAUAAGCCAACGGGGCCAUAUCCUACAUCUGAGUUUGAGCAUUCAUCUAUUCCAGCAACCGUUAAAAAAAUAUUUGGCCUAAAAUCAUUUUUAACGAAACGAGACGAGUGGGCUGGCACGUUCGAAGGCGUUGCAAGUAGAUCUACACCAAGAACCGAUUGUCCAGUUGUUUUGCCGGAUCCAAUGAAAAUGAGAGAAACCGAGCCAGAUGAAAAUGAAAAACUAAGCGAGUUUCAACAAGAGUUGGUCCAACUUGGUGCUGUCUUAAAGGGAGACCAGGAACAAGAUCAUAAAUUUGUCGAAAACAUGACUGUAAUCGAAGGGGUAAAUUACGUUGAAAAUGCAUACAAGAAGUUUUGUGAAGAUUGUGAACGAGCCAGAAGUGAUGGCAAAGAUGAAUCUUACAUCGUUUGUUUAAAGGAACCGGCUCCAUCUAGAGAGGAAUCGGCACCAUCUAGAGAGAAACCGUCAGAAUCAUUUGCUCAAAAGUUGUUAUCUUGUUUAACUUGUGAUAAUUAAUACGAUCUUUGAUGUUGAUAAUGUAUUUGAGAGUUGUUUCUUGAUAUUGUAAAUGUAUUUUCUUUUAAUUAUAUAUCAUGUACCACAGAUAUUACAAGUUAAUUUUUUUGUUGCUAAAUAAAAGCAUAUGUGGUUUGAUU